CUGGGAUAGCAGCAGCCAGUUCACAAGUAACUGUUUUGCUUUGCAAUCAGUAGUUUUCAAGGGAGCUUUUAAAGCUGAGCUGAAAUAUUUGAAAUGUGGAACACUCUUGACCAUGAAAUAUGUUCUACUUACAUGCUUCAGCCUUUAAAAGUUCUUUGCAUUACAGUCAGGGAUUACAUUCUUCCUGGAGCCAAGCAUGGGGCCAGCUGUACACAAGCCACACUUCUCCUCGGGGAAGCUGAUAGGAGUUUAAAAGGUUUGUCGUGGCGAGCGUCGGAAACAUUCCCAACUUCAUCACCAACCCUUUACACUUCCACCUUUACUCUACCCACUGGAGACCACUUAUAUACCUAAGCAGAGGCGACAGCUGAAUUCAGGAAACCAUGCAUCAUGUCAGCAGGAACCAACUGCAGACUUUAAAGUCUGCUCAACAUGUGGAUGCAGCAGAGAAAUGACCUGUCCAGACAAGCCAGGGCAACUCAUAAACUGGUUCAUCUGCUCCCUGUGCGUCCCGCGGGUGCGUAAACUCUGGAGCAGCCGGCGCCCAAGGACCCGGAGGAACCUCCUGCUGGGCACUGCCUGCGCCAUCUACUUGGGCUUUCUGGUGAGCCAGGUGGGACGUGCCUCUCUCCAGCAAGGAAGGGCAGCAGAAAAGGGGCCGCACCGGGGUCGUGACAAGGUCGAGGCGCCCUUCCCUGAGAUACCCUUGGAUGGUACCCUGGCCCCUCCAGAGUCCCAGGGCAAUGGGACCACGCUGCCGCUCAACGUGGUGUACAUUACCCUACGCUCCAAGCGCAGCAAGCCUGCCAAUAUCCGUGGCACAGUGAAACCCAAGCGCAGAAAGAAGUAUGCAGUGGCAUCUCCGGCCUUGGGGCAGGAGGCUUUGGUUGGGCCAUCCCUUCAGCCACAGGAAGCUGCAAAGGCAGCUGAUGCUGAAGGGCAGGGAGGAAACCUGGGCAAGGUUGGGGAACGACCCUGGAGGUUGAUACGGGGUUCAGGGGUGCAGGUUGGUGGCUCAGAUUUUCAGCGGCCCGAGACCAGGGAGAGCAACAUCAGGAUCUACAGCGAGAGCGCCCCCUCGUGGCUGAGCAAAGAAGACAUCCUCAGAAUGCGCCUGUUGGCGGAUGGUGCCGUGGCCGGUCUUCACCCAGUUUCCUCUAAGAGCGGAGCCCGCUUGCUGGUGCUGGAGGGGAGCGCCGCUGGCUCUGUGCCCGGCUGCGGCCCCAGCCCCUGUGGACUGCUCAAGCAGCCCUUGGACAUGAGUGAGGUGUUCGCCUUCCACCUGGACAGGAUCCUUGGGCUCAACAGGACCCUGCCGUCUGUGAGCAGGAAAUCAGAGUUCAUCCAAGAUGGCCGCCCAUGUCCUGUCAUUCUCUGGGACUCAUCUUUAUCUCCAACAAGUAAUGAGACUCACUCUUCUGUUAAGCUCACCUGGGGAACUUACCAACAGUCAUUGAAACAGAAGUGCUGGCAGAAUGGCCGAGUACCCAAACCUGAAUGGGGUUGUACUGAAAUACAUCAUCAUGAGUGGUCUAAGCUGGCACUCUUUGAUUUUUUGUUACAGAUUUAUAAUCGCUUAGAUAUAAAUUGCUGUGGAUUCAGACCUCGAAAGGAAGAUGCCUGUGUACAGAAUGGACUGAGGCCAAAGUGUGACAACCAAGAUUCUGUGGCUCUAGCACACGUUAUCCAGCGAAAGCAUGACCCAAGGCAUUUGGUCUUUAUAGACAACAAGGGUUUCUUUGACAGAAGCGAAGAUAACUUAAACUUCAAAUUGUUAGAAGGCAUCAAAGAGUUUCCCGAAUCUGCAGUUUCUGUUUUGAAGAGCCAGCACUUGCGGCAGAAACUCCUUCAGUCCCUGUUUCUUGAUAAAGUUUACUGGGAAAGUCAAGGAGGUAGACAAGGAAUUGAAAAGCUUAUUGAUGUAAUAGAACAGAGAGCCAAAAUCCUUCUCACCUACAUCAACGCACAUGGGGCCAAAGUAUUACCUAUGAAUGAAUAACGAAAGGAUCUUCUGGCUAGAAUACUAGAUAUAUUUAUGCAUUUGGUUUUGUUUUGUUUUGUUUUGAAAUCAGGUACACAAACCUCAAGUCCUUUUAGGAAUGAGGCAGCGUGGAGGAAUACAUAAA